UCAGCUCCACCACCACCACUGCCAUCUUCUUCUUCAUCAUCAACUCCACUUUCAGUUCUAUAAUUCAUUUCCUUUUCUUUUCCUUCUUCCAUAUUCGCUCACAUGGGUUUUAACUCUAUGAUUCUAGUCUUCAUUGUGGUUGUGGGGCUGUGUCCCUAUUGGGCAGCUGCAGUGACGUACAAUGUGGUGAAUUUGGGGGCCAAAGGCGACGGAAAGACGGAUUCCACCAAGGCUUUUCUCCAUGCAUGGACGGCGGCUUGUGCCUCCGCCUCGCCGGCCACCAUCUACGUGCCGCCUGGGAGGUACUUCCUCCGCAAUGCGGUGUUCAGCGGCUGCAAGAACCAUGCUAUCACCUUCAGAAUCGAUGCCACUCUGGUGGCUCCGGCUGACUACCGCGUUAUCGGGAAAGCCGGAAACUGGCUCGCCUUCGAAGACGUCACCGGGGUUUCCAUCCUCGGCGGCAUCCUCGACGGCCAGGGGACAGGCUUGUGGGCCUGCAAGAAUUCCGGCAAGAGUUGCCCCAGCGGCGCCACGACACUGGGAUUUACCAACUCCAACAACAUCCUGAUCAGUGGAUUAACAUCACUCAACAGCCAAAAGUUCCACAUUGUCAUCAACGGCUGCCAGAAUGUCAAACUCCAGGGAGUGAGGGUCUCCGCCUCCGGCGAUAGCCCCAACACCGAUGGUAUCCAUGUCCAAUUGUCGUCCGGUGUCACGAUCUUAGACACCAAGAUCAAGACCGGUGAUGACUGCGUCUCCAUUGGCCCUGGUGCCUCCAACCUUUGGAUUGAGAAUGUUGCAUGUGGGCCUGGCCAUGGCAUCAGCGUUGGGAGUCUAGGCAAAGAGCAAAAAGAAGCUGGUGUACAAAAUGUGACAGUUAAAACGGUUACUUUUACCGGUUCACAAAAUGGGGUGAGGAUCAAGUCAUGGGCCAGGGCGAGCAGUGGAUUCGCUAGGGGUAUCCUUUUCCAACACAUCCUCAUGGUCGAUGUCCAAAACCCCAUUCUCAUUGACCAAAAUUACUGCCCCAACAACAAGAACUGUCCUGGACAGGUCUCGGGUGUAAAAGUUAGCGAUGUAACAUACCAAGAUAUCCACGGCACAUCUGCAACUGAAGUUGCAGUGAAAUUCGAUUGUAGCUCGAAAAAUCCUUGCAGUGGGAUAAACCUAAAAGAUGUUAAGCUCACUUACAAGAACAAAGCUGCUGAGGCUUCAUGUGCCAAUGCUGAUGGAAAGGCUUCUGGUUUCAUCGAGCCCGAGAGCUGUUUGUAAUGGAGGAAAGAGGAAAAAAAGAGCCUUAAUUAAAGUAUUAGAAUAAUGAAAAAUAGGAAGAAAAACUUAUGGGGUAGAUUGAUUUCGGCCCCCUUAAUAGUAAGGAGUGUUAGUAAAAUAGGUGAUAGAGUUCUUGCUUGAGCCUGUGGCUGUGAUGAGCCCAUUGGGGCUCCAUGCCUGGCCUUGCACUAUCUAAAGUGGAUCAAACCCCUUGUUGGGUGUUUGUUUGCUCCCACGACUUAUUGUACCAGAGUGUGUUUUGUUGAAUUAAUAUUACGUUUAGAUGGUAAUGUUUUGUUACA